ACACACUCACAGUUACACAUGCAUAGACGCGGUGCACGGCUAGUUCUCCGCAGCAAACUUCCAGGCUAUAACCCCGAAGACGGCUUGCGUUGCUCAAACCAUUUGGGACACGCUCCACGCCUUUGAUAGCGUAUUAAUUACUCAUGUGAUGUGAUGCAGAUGUCUGGGGGACGAAAGUUUGCCUAACGCGAUUCUAAAAGGGGGGCAAGGCAAGGCAGCAAUAGCGGUGCAAUAUCGGGACAGCCCUUCCAAUCAGGCAAAUCAAAGCAUCAACCAGCUACUGCAAUGGCUCACCCAGCUGCGCAUUUGUUGACGCUAUUAGCCUGCAUGGCGGCCAGUGGAAUUUGCCAGAUAAACCAAGGCGAAGAAGAAGAGAGGUCCCAUCUACUGUCCCUGGGGUACACCACUCUCCAAGCAACAGCUUUUCACACUACCACUGCAAAUCCAUCAAGUGAGGGACCUAUUGUGCAAAAAGUGGUGGCACCCUCCAAUGGGACGAUAAUGAAAAAACUCAAGCCACAUCCCUCCUGCAUUAUGCAAACUCAGAUAAACAUUUACUUCAAAUACAUCAACACGAUUAUCUCCAUUGCGGUGUUUGUGGUGGGUCUGGUGGGCAACGCCACGCUGCUGAGGAUUAUAUACCAGAACAAGUGCAUGAGGAAUGGGCCCAAUGCGCUCAUAGCCAGUCUGGCUCUGGGAGACCUCAUAUACCUCAUCAUAGAGAAACCCAUAAAUGUCUUCAAGCUGAUAGAAUCCCGGUGGCCAUUUGCAGAGAACUUUUUCGGGCUGUUUUUGUGCAAACUGGUGCCGUUUGUCCAGAAAGCUUCGGUCGGCAUCACUGUGCUCAACUUGUGUGCCCUCAGCGUGGACAGGUAUCGAGCUGUGGCCUCGUGGAGCAGAGUUCAGGGGGUGGGCAUCCCUCUCUUCACCGUCAUCGAGAUCGUGUCCAUUUGGCUCCUCUCCCUCCUCCUCGCCGUCCCAGAAGCCAUUGUUUUUGACAUCGUCUCGUUCAACUACAGAAACCAAAGCUACCGCACCUGCAUGAUCAACCCCAAACCAGGCUUUACCAUGUUCUACAAAGACGCGAAGGACUGGUGGCUGUUUGGGUUUUACUUCUGCGUUCCUCUGACCUGCACAGCCAUCUUCUAUACUCUGAUGACUCUGGAGAUGCUAACCCACAGGAACGGCAGUCUGCGCAUAGCCCUCAGCGAGCAUCUCAAACAGAGGAGGGAAGUGGCCAAAGCAGUCUUCUGUCUGGUUUUAAUAUUUGCCUUGUGUUGGUUCCCACUCCAUCUGAGCCGGAUUCUGAAAAAGGUGGUGUACUAUCCCAAUGAUGAGUCACGCUGUGAAUUUCUCAAUUUCCUGUUGGUUCUGGAUUACAUCGGGAGCAACCUCGCCACGAUCAACUCCUGCAUCAAUCCCAUUAUAUUGUACUUUGUCAGCAAAAAGUUCAAGAACUGUUUCAAGUCCUGCCUCUGCUGCUGGUGCUAUUCCGACAGCCAAGUCAGCAGCAUCGGACAAAUGAACGGGACCAGUAUCCAGUGCAAGAGUCCCGAGCCUAACAACCUUCACACGGAUCGAAGUUUGAGGAAAGACAGCGACUGAACUGUAAACGUCCCGUAAACGAACUGAUGAAGACGUCAAGAAGUUUUAAAGAGUUAAUGGAAGGACAAUGGACUUGAACUUGUCUUGCGCUCUCUAAGGACCUUUCUUCCUCUGAACUUUGAGUAUUCCCACACCCCCAAACAGCGACAUGACGAGUAGUAAGAGAAACAGUUUUUAACAGGAUACAGCCGAACAGUGACUAUAAAUAUCACUUUAAAAAGGGCAGAACUUCUGGGAAAGUUGCCCCAAAGAAGGAAGCAUCCCGAAUGUUUGCUGCCAGAGACAAUCUUUGGAGAUGAGGACAGGCGGCAGUGGGCUAGAGGAUACAUUUUUGAAAGAUUUCGCAGAUAAAAUUAGUGUAAAUGGCAACAGUUUUUUAUUUCUUUCGGAAAAUAAGGUUCAUCUCAGGCCUGAAAUUUGAAUGGGAAUCUAUUUGAGGAAUUUGGAAGUAAGAAUGUAAUAAAAACAAUCAUUAAAGCUAGGCAGCGUUACAGUUUUUCAACUUUUGCUUGUAAAUUUGCAUAAAAAACAGAUUUUCUUUCCAAAUUCAGGAAAAACAACUGAUAGUAACAUGACAGAACUAACAUAUUUACGGAUUGUACAGUAAACAUGGAGUAAAAUAUAGAAUUUUACUAUUCUAUUAUAAAAAUAAAAAUAAAUACUUUCCAUGGGUUUCAGGCAAAUAAUUAUUUCCUGAUAUGAAGUUAUUGCUUAAUUGCUAUGGCGACGGAGUACCAUUACCGUAGCAUAAAACUAAUAAUUAUUUAAAUGCUUCAACACAACUAGUUAAGUCUAAAAAUAUACGUGGUUUUCAAUUUCAGAUCUUGUAUAUGUAUGUUUUAAUUUUUUUAAUUUUAUUUUUUACACAAUUUAAAGUGUGGCCUUUACAUCACCACCUUUAGUAUCAUAUUCAGUCAUAUAUGUGCUGCUUAUAUUUAUGUGGAAUAUGUUAUUUCACAUUAAACCAUAUUGUUCUUGACAUUAUAAAAUAUAUAAACUGUCAAAAAUAACCAGCCAUGUUUGUCCUAAUCCCAAAUUACUUUAUAUCUCAGGGAGUACUUGCAUUACACAUAGACUAUAUCCAUUUCAGCUUUGUAGGAAAAGUAUUUUGGUCUUACAGUAUAUCCAAGUAAUAUCCCCUAGUGGCACAAGGCGAUAUUACAUGCCAAUACGACAGCACUUGAUAUGUUUGCAUUGCAUAUAAUGAUAAGGGAUGUUCAUCUUUGUAUCGAAUUUGAUAAAGUACACCGCACUUAUGUUAUCAAAGUAUCUGUUAUACAUAUUGUGAAUCAUAUUGUAAUUCUGACUUUUUAACAUUUUGAAAUCUGUCACAUACGCGUCCAUUGUAUCCACGUUGAACCAAAGGCUAUUGUCGCUACUUCAUUAAGCUCAGAUACAGUUAGUAAAGUGACGAUGACUACUUUGCUUAUACAGACCAUAGACUGUAUAAAAUAAGAAGUGAAGUCUUUAUGCAGUCUAUAAUAAAGACAGUUUUUGAAAUACUGUAGUACUUUUAAACUGGGGCAGUAGUAGUCAGCCCAAAUGUGUGCAACUUUAGUUCAUAAACGAUCUAGAUUUUGGCUCUGCUCAACAAUCGAAAUCAUGCCCCAAACGUUCUAUUUCACUGUGAAUAUAAACAUUCAAACUGCAGCAUUCUCCUGUAACCAACAGAAUGUAUGUGUUUAUACCCACUUUUAUAAAGUGUACAUGUAUUUAUUCAUGUAUCUGUACCAUGCCAGUGUUACGUGUGAAGGGCACUGUUAUAUUGUACACUGUAAAUAUUGUUAUUGUAAUGACAGCUAAUUACCAAAGAUUAUUGUCACUUGUUGUGCAUUAUAAGAUUAACCGCAAAGACAAUUAUUAUCUGGUGGAGGGUCGGCCGCCUACUUGUCUCCAUGGAGAUGCUGUUGCUUUGCCUGGAUUGUUCCACAGUGUAGUAAAAAAAAGCAGAUCUAUUAUGCAAUAUCAACUUUUCAGAGCUUUUAGCCAUGUUAUAGUUGUUCUCUCACCAUUUACUCAGCCAAAGUUGUGUUUGGAGACGCCAUAUUGCCAGUUAACUUAUGUUUUCACUUCCACCUGCAUACACCCAAUGUGACGUACUUACUUUGUUCUCCAAUUUUAUUUUCUUAAUCAGCAAUACGCACAAGAGCCACGUUGUCAUUUUGGUACAAAUGAACAAAAAAAAUGUGCCGUUUGCUAGCAUGAUGUGUAGCUUUCCAUCUGAGGUGUCGACAGCUGGACCGAUCUUUUGUCCCCAUUGGACACUGCAAUUUUCUAAUGUGGACAUCAGCACAACAUGUCUUCUUUCAAAUUUAGAGGGCCAGGAUUCAGAUCUGUGGAAAGGCGACCCUGCUCACGAUAAGAAUGCAUGUUUUUCAUUGUAUUUAUCCAGCUACAAAAACACCUGUAAUUGAAUAAAGGCAAAAUAGAAGUUUAAUACUGUGGAACAUUCCAGACAAAUCUAUAACAUCUCACAAGCAAGUGAUGAACCCUGCAUCAGAAAAGUUACGCAGUGCACCUUUAAACCUGGACAUUCAGUUUGUAAUAACUGAAUAUUUCAUGGUUAUCAAACUGUUGUACAUGCAGUUGCUUGAAUGGGUCUCUGACUGAAUUCCUUUGAUUAUUACAAAAGUGUGCAAACAGGUUUGUAUGAAGAGUUUGGAAUAACAGUUCAUGUUUGUACAGAUUCUGUGUUAUUAUGACUAUAUUAUGUGCUUGUUUUUGUUCAUUAAUGGUGUUACUUGUGCUGCUUAUACCAAUAAAUCCAUCUCCAACCUCCAA